AUGUUGUCAGGCAUCCUCAUCUUCAACCAAAAGGGCGAGAAUCUGAUUUUUCGGGCGUUCCGGAACGACUGCCGCCCGCGCCUCGCCGAUGUGUUCCGCAUCCAGGUCAUCAGUAACGCCCAGGUGCGCUCGCCCAUCCUGACGCUCGGCAGCACCACCUUCAGCCAUGUCAAGCACGAAAACAUCUACCUGGUGGCCAUCACCAAGAGCAACGCCAAUGCCGCCCUCGUCUUUGAGUUUCUCUAUCGCCUGAUCCAGCUCGGCCGCGGCUACUUUGGCAAGUUCGACGAGGAAGCUGUUAAGAACAACUUUGUCCUUGUCUACGAGCUCCUGGAUGAGAUUAUCGACUUUGGCUACCCGCAGAACACCGAGACGGACACGCUCAAGAUGUACAUCACGACCGAGGGCGUCAAGUCUGAGCGCGCCGUCGAAGAGUCGGCCAAGAUCACAAUGCAAGCGACAGGCGCCCUGUCAUGGCGGAAGGCCGAUGUCAAGUACCGCAAGAACGAGGCCUUUGUCGAUGUCAUCGAGGACGUGAACCUGCUCAUGAGCGCCACGGGUGCCGUUCUGCGCGCCGAUGUCACCGGCCAGAUCAUCAUGCGCGCCUACCUCAGCGGCACCCCCGAGUGCAAAUUCGGCCUGAACGACCGCCUCCUGCUCGAUAACGACGGGCUUCUGAGCCUUCCCAGCGGCAACAGGAUGGGCAGCAAGGCGACCAAGGCGGCCGCCGGCAGCGUCACGCUCGAGGACUGCCAGUUCCACCAGUGCGUGAAGCUCGGCAAAUUCGAUACCGACCGCAUCAUCAGUUUCGUGCCUCCAGACGGCGAGUUCGAGUUGAUGCGCUACCGCGCCACCGAGAACGUCAACCUGCCCUUCAAGGUGCACGCCAUCGUCAAUGAGGUCGGCAAGACAAAGGUCGAGUACAGCAUCGGCGUGCGCGCCAACUUCGGCUCGAAGCUCUUCGCCACCAACGUUGUCGUCCGCAUCCCCACGCCGCUCAACACUGCUAGGAUCACGGAGCGCUGCACUCAGGGCAAGGCCAAGUAUGAGCCGUCCGAGAACAACAUUGUGUGGAAGAUUGGCCGCUUCACCGGCCAGAGCGAAUAUGUCUUGAGCGCAGAGGCCGAGCUGACGGCCAUGACGAACAAAAAGGCCUGGAGCCGCCCGCCGCUGAGCUUGAACUUCAGUUUGCUCAUGUUCACCAGCUCGGGCCUACUGGUCAGGUAUCUCAAGGUCUUUGAGAAGAGCAAUUACUCGAGCGUCAAGUGGGUGCGCUACAUGACGAGGGCGGGGAGUUACGAGAUUAGGUUUGUCAUUUCACAGUUCUGCCACCAACUCCUCCGCCUUCCGCCGGCUAACCCGGAAACCAGGUUCUGA